AUGGAUGUUACACUUCAACCUCUGAAUUUGGAACUUACCAACACUCCAGAGUCCACUACAGAAGGUGAAUUUCCUACAGCUCAGCAGGAGGCCCUGGCUCCACCUCUUGAGCAUAAUGAGGAGACAGAACCUUCUCCAACCCAGCACAACCCAGCAGAAGACCCCAGCUCAGCUUUCAGAGUGGAGAUAGAACCUUUUGCAACCCUGCAGGAGCAACCAGCUCAGCCUCCAGAGCCUUCUUCAGGGGAGGUGGAACCUACUCCAACUCAACAAGAACAGCCAGCUCAACCUCCAGAGCAUGAUGAAAUGACAGUUUCACCUCCAAGUCACCCUCAGGCUCAGCAUUCAAACUUAUCCAGUGUCGCUGUCAAACCUGCAGAUGUGGAGCUUACCAUAACAAAAGAACCACUCCAGAGAAUUUUCUACAACACAGCAUGA